UCUGUCCCUGCUCCUGGCUGGUGUUGCAGCUGGCAGUGCAGCUGAUGGUCAGGUUUGGGGCAUCCUCUAGUGCUUGGAGGGGGAACAGCGCCUAGGGGGAGCCAGCAGGCCUGUUGCCUGGGGGCUCUGGGUAGGAUGAGGACCAGGGAACUCUACCUGGAGUGUAAAGCUGCUGCUGACUUGUCUCCCUGGGGAGUGGCAAAGGACUAGUGGGGAGGGGAGCUCUCCCUGAGAACUGAGCCAGCCCUGCCUGUGAGGCCCCAAGUCUUGGGAAAGCACAGCUCAGCUGUGCUUGGCACUUCCCACAGGCACCUGACCAUUGGGCUUUGUGGAGGGCUGUGUCCUUGCCGUGGGGUCUAGCCCUGUUGAUGUUGGGUCCCGGCUGAGCUGGGGCUAAUUGUUCUGCCAGCAAGCCUGGGAAUGGGAGCUGGGAGUGCCUGUUAGGGCUUCUGCACCCUGGGGGCAGGCCAAGGAUCCCACUGCACAAGGAGUCUGUUGAUGGCCCUUCCUGCAGGGAGCAUGCACUUGCUGCCAGGUUCUGCCCUUCCCAGGCUCAGCUUGCUCUGUCCUGUCCCCCCGGCUGCCUCACCUAUGUCCUCCAAGCCAGGGCAGGAAUUCCAUGGCUCUGAGCCUAUGCUCAGGGCACCACCAGGGCCUCUACUGCACCAUUCCCAUGCCUGUGCCCAUUCACAUGGGCAGUGGCUGGGGCUGCCCCAGAUGAUAGCAGGGGCACUCUGCCUGGCUCUCGUUACAGAUGCUGACGUGGGGGCCGGCUCCCGCGUGCAUGAGAUCCCCUUCCAGUUCAACCUCUUGAAGCUGCUUCCCCGGUGCCAGCAGAUCGAGAUGUUCUUCCUUAUGCUGACAAGGGAGGAUGACAGGGCAGCCAAGGACCCCAUGUUCAUGCCCAACGAGAUGCUGCUGAGCCUCUUCCAUGGCUGCUUGGAGCAUGACCUCAGCGACCGUGAGGUCCCCUUGGCCAGCGCUGACCACAUGGCCUUCAUGGAGCAGGUGCUGCAGCGGGACCGCGAUGGCCACCUCCCACCCUUCACACUCCCCAGUAUCCAAGAGGAGACCCUGAAGGCCCCUGCACCCUUGGAGGGGCAGGAUACCUCCAUGUCAUUUCACCCUGCUGGCGGCAGCAGCAGCACCAAGGAUGGGACCGGCUCCACUAGCACCCUGCAGAGCCUGGGCAACGUGGAGCUGCCAGAGGACGUUGCAGCCCAGGCUGACACAGUGGGACUUCUCCCCCUGCAGUGGCGGUGCUAUGCCAAGCUGAUCAAUCUGCAGCAUCUCUUCCUUACCUUCCUGCCAGCCACCUUUGCCGACGUGCAGAAGCUGGUGGCGUGUGGGCUGGAGAAGUCCCCGAAAGAGGAGGCCAGCCCCGAGGAGGCUGGUGCUCUGCCCAGUUCCCCACAGGAAGACUCCAGGGCAGGGGCAGAUGCUGCAGCACCAUUGCCCACCCUCAGCAUUACACCAGCCCAUGAGGCUGGCCAGGACCCUAGCGAGCCGGGUGCUGCUCCGCGCAGGGAUGUGCACAUCUCCUUCAGCCGCCAGGCCUCGCAGCCUGACCCCAGCGAGUGCCGCCGCAUCCGCUGCCCUGUAUAUGUCUACAGCUGCUCCCUGGAGGCACUCCGGGAGCAGCUGGUCAGCCCACGGGCACACCGCCCACCCCAUGACAUCUUCUUCAGAUCCCAGUCUCUGGACCGUCCCCCCAGUGCCUCUUGGCUGGACCACAAGCACAAGGAGCUGGUAGGCUACUGCACGCUGCUUCAGGAGCACUCGCACCAGUGCUAUGUGAAAGGGCUGUUCAAGAGCCUGCAGCAGUCACACGGGAUCAGCUCACAGGACCUGCUGACAGCCAUGGACUACUGCGAGGAGCUGCUGCAGGAGAUCGACAUCACCCACUUCCUGCUGACGCUGUGCAGCCAUGUGCGCUCCUUCCGCGAGAGCCAUCAGCAUUUCCGUACUCACACCAAGGCCACCGGGUUCCACAUGGGCAGUGCCGAUCAAGACAAUGAGCUGGGUGCCCGGGAGAGAGGCAUCCUUGCCUCAGAGUCCAGUGCGGAAAUGGAGGACUACAGCGAGCAGGACUCCCACCAUAUCUCCAGCCCCACUGAGGAGCUCAGGGGCAGCACUGGGGCCAGCUGCUGCCCGGACUUCCCCCUCUCACUGCUGGGGAGUAGCCAGCCCUGCCAGAUGCAUCCUGACUUGCACAAGAUCAUCCAGGAGAAGUUCCUGGAAAUCGGGAGUCUGCACUUCAAGCCAGUGCCGUCCAACCCACACUAUUUCUUCUAUUGCCCGCCGUCUGCCAAGAAAGAGGAGGAUGCCACCCGGGACCUGGCAGACAGGAAAGGUAGCGAGGACUUGGAGGGCUCGGAGCCUGACCUGGCAGCUGAGGAAGGGACCAUCAUGGGGUGCUGCAUCGCCACGGAGAGUGACCCUGAGCUGGAGGUGGAGUACCGGGAGAAGCUAGAACACGAGUUUCUGGACACGGACUCCCAGUCGGGCUCCAACACAGUGAACCAGGAUGACGACUCCUUCAGUGUCCUGGGUGGGGACUCGCUGAACGAGCAGGAGCUCCCGGAGCAGGAGAUGCCACCACUGUUCAUGCACCUGACCUGCUCUGUGAAGCUGCGCAGCCAGCACAGCUCCAUGCCUGUGCGCUCGCUGCCCACCUGUCUAGGGGAGGUCCUGAGCUGCCUGGAAAGCUGCCAGGCCAUGCACAGCAUUGACCUCGCUGACCUCUGCGUGACCCUCGAUAUCUUUGUGCUGACACUGCCUCUGGAGAUCGACGUGGUGAAUGCUGAUAUCCACCACAACCGGUGUACAUCUGAGAGCAGCGUCUCAUUCACCCGCUCUCCUGGGCAGCCCUCCUCUUUCCGCUCUGAUGACGAGAUCAUGCCCAGCCUGGACCGGCUGCCUUCAACGGGGGACGAGAGGCACCCGGCACUCUCCAACCUCCCCGGGGUGCACAGAGAGGCCAUCGAAGCCACCAUGAAUGAGAUCCGCUGGCUGCUGGACGAUGAGAUCGUGUCCGCACUACGCCACUCUCAGGACAUCAGCGCUGACGUCCUGCACCGUGUGGCCACCCACAUCCACCACUCCCAGGGCCGGCCCAGCUGCCACAGUGAGGCCGUGCUGCUGCAGUUUGUCUUUGGGCCCGAGCACUCGCUGGAGAAGUUCCGAGAGGAGUUCAGGAGGAUGACACUGCCAGGCUACAUGCUCAAUGCAGAAGGCAGCGAUUACCACUACAUCUCCAUCAGCCGCCUACAUGCCCAACGGGCAGGACUUGGCCCACAAGACCCCCCUGAAUGUGCAGCCUCUGGCCUGCAUGGAGGGGGCCCUGAAGGAGCCCAGAGCCAGGCAGGGCUGGAGAGUGCCACCAAGGCUGAGGGACCUGCCCUACAGUAUCCACCUUGUACCCGCCCAGAGGAGCCACGGGGCAUCUGGCCAUGGCCCACAAAUGAGACCUGCAUCAGAGCUGAUGUGGGCAGCCUGCCAGACAAAGGCAGUCACACUCAGAGCGAGGUGCCAGUUGUGGAUGAAGCACCGAGGCCAGCACAGGGCAAAGCACUUGGACGGGGAUCCCUGGAGGAGGCUGCACUGGAGACAGCCCCCCGGUCCCUGCCAUCGUCGGCCUCUGACAAGUGGAACAGUGAGAAAUCACCAUCGGCGACGCCAUCUGCUGCCAGCCUGGCUGAGUCCAUGACCCAUGGUCAGGAAGGCUCCAGCAAGCAACAGCCCAGCCGGGUGCAGAGCCUGGUGUCAAGCCAGGGCAGCAUGGACUCUGAUCACCUGGGAUAUGAUGGCGGGAGCAGCGACUCAGAGUGUGAGGAGGCACUGAUGAGUGACCAGGACCCACAGUGCCCACUGAUGCCUGACUUCUGGCUGAUUGUAAAGAUCCAGCAGGACCGUGUGGAGGUCUAUUCCCAUACACGCAGCCUGAGCGCAGAGAAGGCGGCAGUGGCUGAGGCAGAGGAGGAGCCAGCUGGGACCUGCCUGCGCCUACACCAGGCCGUGGUGAGGAAGAUCAGCGAGAUCUGCAGGGUGGUGAAUCAGCGCCUGCUGCUGCAGGACCUGCAUGACAGCCACAUCUGCAACUCGCUACUGGUGGCCGAGAGCGAGGAGGACAUCUGGAAGACCGAGACCCCCUACACCUCGUACCGACAGCGCGUGCUGCCCACCGAUGACUACUCAUCAGAGGAGAGCUACCAGCCCCGGGACUACCUGGCUGCCACCAUGCAGUUUGUGCCGGGGCACUUUGCCUGCGACGUGGUGUGGAGCACCAUCAUCCACGUGCACUCACGUCUCAAAAUGGGGCCCAACAUGGGAGUCUCACGAGCCAUCCAGGCACUGCGCUCUGUGCUCAACGCCUUCUCCGUGGUGAACCGCAAGAACAUGUUUGUCUACCAGGAGCGCUCCACCAAGGCCGUCUUCUAUCUGCGGCUCACGGAAACCACCUACAGUGGGAAGGUAUGGGAAGGAGAGAGUACCCAGGGCCCCGUGUGCCGCUCACUGGCUCUGACACGCAGCCAGGAGCCCAUCUACCCUGAGGAUCUCAUGGGAUCCCGCUCUUCCCUCGACUUGGGCUCAUGCCGCAGUGUGGACUCCACCCGCCCCGUGGGCCAGGUGGACAGACACAUCCAGCUGAUGGUCCAUGGCGUCACCCAGGCAGGGCCUGAGAUCACGGACGAGCUGGUGAAAGUCCUGCGCCGACGUCUGGAUGAAGCCACGCUGGACAUCAUCACCGUCAUGCUGGUGCGGAACUGCAAGCUGACCCCAGCCGACGUGGAGUUCAUCCAGCCCCCAGGGACUCCACCCACAGAGGUCCUCCAGUUCACCCUGCCGCCGUCCACUCUGCCUUGGCUCCCUGCCGUGGCCUACUACCUGCGCCAGAACCUGCUCAUCUUCCUGCACACGCCCAAGUACACUGACAGCAACGUUGAGCAUCACUUCAAGCACUACUUCCACCCAAGCGGCAGCCUGCCCGAUCUGGACCUCUACCUGUACAACAAGCCGGGCGGGCAGGGCACCGGCGGCAAAGGCAUCGCGUGCAUUGCCCUCACCUUCGUGGAUGAGAACGACAGCCCCCUUCUGCUGGCACCCGGGGAUCGGCCUGGCUCCCUGAGGCCACCACCCAGCACCGACCUGCUGCAGGACUCGGACUUCGAGAGCCUCACUGCAGUCAGCCAGCACCAUGUCGAGCCAGGCAUGUUGCAGCCAGGCCCCUGCGCACGUGUGCGCCUGGACAUGUGGGAGAAGGGAAACAUCAGCCUCCUGCAGCUGUCGGAGAAGUUGCGUGGGGCCCUGCGUCAUGCCGUGUGCGAUGCCACCAUGGAGGUCCGUGUGCUGCCUGCCCCACUCUGCAUGGAGUCCGCCUGCCCCCUGGCCACCGCCGAGCUGGAUGAGCUGACCAGCAGUGGAGGCCUCAGGAGGACGAUGUCAGAGACCAAGGGGCUGGCUCAGGCUGCACGCAAUGCUGGUGCCAGUCGCGGGUGCCCAGCCCCCCUGCACUUCACCCCAGCUGCUGCCUCGAGCCCCGGCGAGCCAGUCACACCUACAAGCAAGCUGGGACGCCGUAGCUUCUGGGACAUGCUGAGCAAGGCAGAGUCGUCAGAGCUGGGCAGCCCCAAAACCACUGAUGACAUCGUGCUAGAGCGGCCAGAGGAGACGCGCACACGGCGACGCCACAAGACGGAAAGUGUCAGGCAACACCUGAGCCAGGAGCGGGCCACGGCCACUGCUGAGCUAGAACAGGCUCAGAGGCGCCGCACCUGCCAGCUGGAGGAGGGGGACGUCGGUGUCAUGCACCCACUCUUCCAUCGGACCUGCCAGCAGUGGAUGGCAUUCAUGAGCCACCUGGGGUGUCCCUCAGUGCAGCAGUGCUCAGUGGAGAUCGUUUCCCGCUUCCUGCUCCCCUCGGUGCUGGCUGAGGUGGUGAGCCUGGUCACUGCCCUGGCCAGCGACACCGCUGUCAAGGUGUUUGAGCGGCUCUGCUGCCCCUGGGGUGCCACCUUCCUGCCCUAUAAGCCCAGCCAGAGCACAAGCCUGCGGCCUGCUGCUGUCCGGCACUUCAUAUUACUUGGGCGCAGUUUCCACCAGUGGCGUUACAGCACCGAGCAGGUGGCCGGCAGCGCAGAGGAGCAGCAGGUCCCCCCUGCUCAUAGGUUCAAACCUCACAAGGGGCUCCAGCGCUUUGAGGCCAUGGAGUUCAGCUCCACAGAGAAGGGCUUGGGCUCUGGCCCCUCAGGGAGAGACCUGGUGCCCCGGCAGAGGUUCCUUCUCAUAGAGAUCAUCGACAAGAAGCUGACCCUCUACACCUACAACUGGUCCCCGGACCUGGGCAGCUCCCUGGCCAGCUCGCUCACGCGCCUCCUGCAGUGGCAGAAUGCGCGCUCCCACGUCGUUCAUUGCCUGCUCAGCCAGAAGCUGGGGCUUUUCCACCACUACUGCUACAUGGACACGCCCUGGCAUGAGGAUGCCAAGCAGGAGCCGAACCCCUUCCUGAACACGCUGGAGGUGGACAUGCUGAUCCGCAACCCCAGCCCCCCGCCCAGCCGGGAGCAGGGCCGGCUGAGUAGCUCAGGGCGCAGCCUGCCCUCCCUGCACUUCCCCCCCGACAUGGUGCCUUUCGACGAGGCUCUGAGGGAUGUCACCGCUGUCAAGUGCCUCCCCCACGGGCCAGAGGUGGGGCUGCUUGACCCUGUGUCUCGCCAUGGCGCUCAGUUCCUGGAGAUCAAGAGCAUGGAGAGGAGAGAACUGGAGAAGCAGAUGAAGAUCGAGAACCUCUUUGUGACCUGGCAACAGAGGUCAGCACAGUCCAACAUGCCCAUCAGUCUGGCCGACCUGGAGACGCUGAAGCAGUCCUCACGCCUGGUGCACUACUGUGCCACCCCCCUGCUCUUCGAUCCCGCGUUCCGGCAGCAGAUUCAGGCUGACCAGCAGACCAAGGUGGAGGGGAAGAAGCGCCAUCGCUCCAAUGACUCAACGGCCUCAGGGCGGGACCGCAGCCACAGCUGCGACUCCACAGAGGCGCUGCCCUGCAAGCUGAAGGAGGAGCCAUGGCUCCUGGAGAUGUGCGGCGCCUUCCUGCAGCAGUACAUCCAGUAUCUGCAGAGCAUGGGUUUCAUCCUGGUCCAGGUGCGGCCUCCCUCGCCCACCCGCAGCACAAGUCGGAUACGUGCACUGGCAGCCCUGGGCACUGAAGGCAGAGGCUCCUUCUCCUACAAGCCCAAAGCAGAUGGGAGCCCCAAGAGCACCAGCCCCCCUGUCACCACCUACCACCUGCAGCGCGCCCUGCCUGGCGGGAUCGUGCUCAUGGAGCUGGCAUUCCAGGGCUAUUACUUCUGCGUGAAGCAGUAUGCACUGGAGUGCUCACGGAUCCCCAUGGGCCAGACGGUGAACUCGCAGGGCGCUCUCACAGCCAGAGCCCGCAGCCAGAGCUGCAUGGGACCCGGCUCCGUCUCUGAGUGUGCGCUCUCCAUGCUCUUCACGGAGGAGUGCGACAAGGUGCGGGACCUCAUGCACGUACACUCAUUCAGCUAUGACUUCCACCUGCGCGUGGUACACCAGUACCUGCUGGGCUCGCACAUGGCACUGCGCCAGGGUUACCAUCUCACCAGCUUCCUGCAGGACUUCAUCGCCCACCACCCUGACAUCCCCAAGUUCGGCCGCAACCACGUCUUCCAGGGCAUGCUGGCCCUGCCCACCAACAUGAUCACAGCCCACCAGCUCUACAACUAUGUGGCUGACCAUGCCAACACUUACCACAUGAAGCCCCUGCGCAUGGCCCGGCCGGCGGGAGGCAGCGAUGGCAAGAAGGGGCCCCCAGGCACGGAGCAGAACGAGUAUGCCCUGGUCUCCAUCUGGAACAGCUCAGGCUCCUACAAGGACUCGGAGGGGCUGCGUCACCACGACGACUUCGACGUGUCCCUGCUGGUGUGCCACAGUGCGGCCCCCUUCGAGGAGCAGAGCGAGGCCGAGAGACACGUGCUCCGCCUGUGCUUCUACGUGGUCAUGACGAGCCAGCGGGAGCUGUUCCCCCGGCUCACGGCUGACAUGCGCCGCUUCAAGAAGCUGCCGCACCUGCAGCGGGACAUGCUAGAGCCCGUGGUGGGCCGGGCACCCGGGGAGGCGCCGGGGCCAGGGCUGGAGCGGCAGCAGCCAGCAGAGCGGGAGUCCUGGCAGGAGGCGGAGGACGGGGGCGAGUUCUACGUGGGCGGCUCGCCCACGAAGCUGGGCCCUGGGCUCUUCUACACCUCGCCCCUCUUCCCGCUGCUGGCCUCCGAGGUGGCCUCGGCCCAGCAGCAGCUGAGCAGCCUGGUGCAGCUGGCCAAGCGCCACUGCCGCCGCGACAACCUGUGGAAGCGCCUCUUCCUGCUGGAGCCGCUAGCCUCUGACAAGCUCAAGCUGGGCAAGCUGUCACUGGCCGAGCUGGAGGAGCUGCUCAACGCCGUGCACGGCAAGUCCAUCGCUGACAUUGACCCCCAGCUGGGCUGCUUCCUCACCAUGACGGCAUCGUGGUACCAGAGCCUUAUCAAGGUGCUGCUCAGCCGCUUCCCCCAGAGCUGCCGCCACUUCCUCAACGCUGAGACCGGCACCCAGUACCUGGUGGUGCUCAACCAGAAGUUCACUGACUGCUUCAUCCUCAUUUUCCUUGACUCGCACUCAGGAAAGACGAGCCUAACGGUGGUUUUCCGGGAGCCGUUCCCUGUGCAACCCCAGGACAGCGAGAGCCCCCUGCCGCAGCUGGUGUCCACGUACCAUCACCUGGAGUCUGUCAUCAACACCGCCUGCUUCAAUGUUUGGACUGGGCUGCUGUAACGUUCAUGCCAGCGCCUCAGAGCAGGACACAGCCCCAGGCCAGCUCCUGUGCACACCAGGAGAACAGUGGCAGCAUGGGACUGGCAGAACCUGGGGCUGAGGGGUGCAGGGAGCCUGGCUGCCCCUCAGGCCUCAGCCAACGCCAGCCCCCUGGGGUGUUCCCUGUGGCCGCGGGCGGCUGCCAUUGCAUGUGGACAUGCAGGACAGACUGGGAACGGACACACAAAAUGCAGGGAGGCCCCAGGGGUCAUAGCUGCCAUGCAGCAGAGCCAUCUUGGGGCCACAGACCCGGCACAGCCACGGGCAUGCUGGUGAGCUGCCACCAAUGUGACUGUACCUGUCCCUGCCACGCACAUGGUGAUGUGGAGCACUGCAGCUUCAGCCCAGGCCAGCGCUUCCCUGAGACAUUGGAGCGGAGCCAUGAGGGCUGCCUGGGUCACUGCCCACCCUGUGCUGGCACCGGCAGGUUGUAGGGGCAGGCAGCACUAGGCUGUUUCAAAGAGCAGCAUGGGGGUAUCUACAAUAAACUGCAGCAGACAGCA